GGAAGGUUGUUCUUCGCAGCCAAGUUUCACUCAGAAAGGUUUGAGUUUUAAGAACCGAAAAUGGCAGCAGUUACAAAGACAAUACAGCUGUGCAAAUCUGCUGCAGUAGCAUCAAAACCCCUUCUCCAAAAAUUCAAGUAUUAUGGAAAGGUAGAAUUGGUACCACCAAAGGUAUCUGAUAUUCCUGCUAUAAAAAGUGGCAUUAAGAACCUGAUAAACUCUGCUAAAACUGGACGAUACCGAGAAGUUACUGUACGCGAAGCCUGGCUGAAUACUUUAGUUACUAUUGAAGUCGUAUGUUGGUUCUUUGUCGGUGAAUGUAUUGGAAAGCGACACAUUGUAGGAUACAAUGUUUAAACAUGUAUUGUAUUAUAUUCAUAUAGACAUAAUCUCUGUAUAAAUGAUAGGCAACAUAAACAUAAAUACAAAUAUAAACUCAUAAAGGAAAUUUAAGUUUUAUCAAUAAACAUCAUUUUGUUAAGA